ACAGCAGGGCCCUGGCGCAGCCUCUCGUCUGUUGACUGUCAGCUACUCCUGCCUCCAGCUGGUCCCCAGCCCAGGCCUGUCACUGUGCCAUCUCUCAGCAGGGGCAGCAGAAUGAAAGAAGGCAUGUCCAAUAACAGCACCGCCAGCAUCUCCCAAGCCCGGAAAGCUGUGGAGCAGCUGAAGAUGGAAGCCUGCAUGGACAGGGUGAAGGUCUCCCAGGCAGCGGCGGACCUCCUGGCCUACUGUGAAGCUCAUGUGCGGGAGGACCCUCUCAUCAUCCCAGUGCCUGCGUCAGAAAACCCCUUCCGAGAGAAGAAGUUCUUUUGUACCAUCCUCUGACUCUAUUUGUUAUGAAAACGUCUCCUUUUCUGUCUGUGAAAUCCCUGGUAGAGACCGCGCAUGCUCUUAGCUUUAGGGAGCUCUGCCCACACUCACCCCUGCCCAACCAGCGUUAUGCCGCUGCCUGUCUUUUCAUUGGUUUUCUUCAUUGUCUGCAGUUUCACCUUUUCUUUUCAUGUUUCUGUUAUUUUCAUUAUUAGAAAAGAAAAUAC